UACCGCUCCAGUGCGCAUGCACAGGCCAGGUCGGCGCCGCUCCAGUGCGCAUGCACAUGCCACGGCCGGCACCCGACGGGGAUCGCUCGUCUCGUCCACCGGAUGUCUGUGGAUGCGCGGGGACGCGGGGGGCCGCUGGUCAAUCGGAUUUGCCACCAUGGCUAGAGUUGCCACAUUUCGAAGUGUUUGCUUGCGGAAUAGAAACUACCUCCUGUCGUCUCUGUGGAAUUCAGCCGAGUUGGUGGCAAAGCGCAGAGCUCUCUCACCGGCCUCCAUUUCCCUCUGCGCCCAAGCAAGCUGCCAGUACAGUCUCCUAGUGCCGUGUGCUGAGAUCCACAUGUCUGCAGCUAAUCAUGCAGGACAUAACAAGUGGUCAAAGGUGAAACAUAUCAAAGGGCCAAAAGAUACUGCCAAGAGUCAGGUGUUUGCCAAGCUUUCAAUCAUGAUUCGCAUUGCAGUGAAAGAAGGUGGUUCAAAUCCUGAGUUUAACUCUCAGCUGGCAAACCUCAUUGAGCAGUGCCGAACCAAGAACAUGCCUAAAGCAUCUAUUGAAGCUGCAAUUAAAGGUGCAAAAUCCAAGGCUUCAAUCUACUCACUGUAUGAAGCAAGAGGUCCAGGAGGGUCGGCCCUGCUCAUUGAAGUCCUCACGGACAACAACAGCCGAACACUACAACAGCUAAAGAGCAUUCUGAACAAAAAUGGGGGAAUGAUGAGUGAUGGAGCACGCCACUCUUUCCAGAAGAAAGGGGUGGUGAUGGUGAAUGGCCUGGAUAAGGACGGUAAGGAUGUUCUGUUGGAACGUGCUCUGGAGCUGGCAAUUGACUCUGGAGCUGAAGAUGUUAAACAAAUUGAAGAUGAAGAAGAUCAAGUCAUGCUGAAGUUUGUUUGUGACUUGUCCUCAUUGCGGGAGGUACGAGAGAGGUUGGAUUCUUUGGGACUGCUGACCACUGAUUCCGGACCUGAAUUUAUCGCCACCACAACGGUUCCACUAACGGAUAGAGAUUUGCAAACAGCAUUUUGUUUGAUUGAACAAAUCGAUGAGAAUCAGGACGUUAUUAAAGUCUAUGAUAAUAUAGACUUGCAAAGUUAACUGCAAGAAGGAGAGGGUUUUUUGUGCAUCACGAACAAUUACCAUGAAUAUCAAACACAGUCGGAUACACUGUAUGUGGAUCAUUUCAAGGUUUUCGAAGUACUGCCAACAAUUUUGCCUCAAAACGUAAAUAUGCUGCGUGGUAAACUUACAGUUAUGACUAAUUGUAGAAACUAAACAUUUUAUCCAUCGGUUUUCAUCCUUUUCUGAAGGCUGCUGGGGUACAGUUCUACCAGCACCAUGUGCUCUGCAGCCCCUCAACCAAUUCACUAUUCUCUGUACAUUGAAUGAAGUGCCAUGGACCAGCCUAUACAGUACUCAUAAUUAGGCAUAGUUUCUUGUAUGUUCAUCAGCUAAACAUAAGAUAGGGCCCGAUUCUCCCUGAGGUGGAUUGGUCAUCUACAGUCCUUGUCUGGCUUGAGAAGAUGCCAUGCCCAAAUGGCUGAGUCUUCAGAAGAAGGAGAAAAUAUGCCAUUAUUUUAACAAUCGCUGAAAUAUUUAAUCGGAUUUCAAUAGCUUUUGUGGGAUUUUUUGCGUAAAAUUAACAGUUUUUGCGUAACAUAAACAAUGUAAUGCAUGUCAAUCCUAGGAUUACAUUAGGUAAGCCCCGGUGAAUGUGGUGCAAAUCAUUCUGAAAUUCCCCGAAUAAAUAGCAGGACAUAACAGUAACAAAA